GCUUGCUAAAUAUCGCAAACCAUUCACUAUUUGCUGAAAUAGCAGCCUCUAGCGGAUAUCAUGAGCAAAUUGUUUUGUAACCAGUCUUCGAAGUUUUUUCCGAUAUUCACUGAACUUGAAGAUCUUCGUUCGACUUGUAUCGCCAACUGUGUCUUUAACAUUUUUCUUAGUUACACCGCCUUCAUGUUGAAUAUUGUUACAAUCUACGCCAUAUACAAAACUUCAACAAUGCCAAAAACUUUGAAAACUCUGCUGCUAAGUCUUGCCUGCUCGGAUGUUGCUGUUGGUUUAUUCAGUCAACCAUUAUACACUUUCUUUCUGAUCAACUGGCUUCGACUACACAAUCCUAGCUGUAACACUAAACAAGUGCGGACGAUUUCAAAUAUUUUAUUUUCAGGUGCUUCGUUUCUUGGUGUUGUAGCUGUAAGUGUAGACAGGUUCUUGGCUGUUCAUUUUCAUCUCAGAUACCAAGAGGUUGUGACUCACAGGCGUGUUGUUAUUGUUGUGAUUGGUAUAUGGGUGAAAAGUACAUUUGUUUCUUUGAUAAUAUUGUGGGGGCUACUUAGUACCAGGGAUCUUAUAAAUACAAUUAUUGAAGCUUUCAGUCUCAUUAUCACGUUUGUGGUGUACAUCAGAAUAUAUAUAACUGUACGACGGCACAAGAAUCACAUUCAUUCCAUGCAAAUACGAGAUGAGGCUCAGUCUGAGGAGUUAAAAAACCUUAUUGUUCUCAUUAAAUCCACAGUUGGCAUAUUCUACGUAUAUCUCGUGUUUUUAAUUUGUUAUUUGCCCCAUCUCAUUUGCAUGGCUGUUAUUAGAACCUAUGGCUCGAGUAUCGUCCUAAAGAAACUUUUACUUUACUCAUUGACUCUCAUGUAUCUAAAUUCAUCUUUGAACCCUAUAAUUUACUGCUGGAAGAUGAGACACAUUCGACACGCAAUCAUGGACAUAUUGCGAAAGAUGUCUUGGAUCAACAAUCUACCAUUUCGUAUCAACUACAAUCGGUCAUCGAGUGUCGUCCAUAUUGAUAACUGAUCCCCUCUAUGUGGCUUACAAAGACUAUGGGCCGUAAUUGUUUACGAGAAAGUGAAAUAGGGACUAACAAGAUUGUACAUAAACUUAGUGAUAUGAACCGACAGCCAAAUAAUCCCGUAGUUCCAAUUUUAAGCAUUCGAUAAAUCGAACAAUCUGUAA